CAACGAAGCAAGAGAAAUGGCGCCCUCGCAAGUCGUUGCGAUAUAAGAAUAGCCAAGGAGCUACCCAGCAUUAGCCGCUCUACACCAGGCAGACGCAUGACGGAGCCGGCGAGAAAGUCCAAGGUCAAGAAGAGCGCCAACCACGUGUACAUCACAGAGCGCACGCGCUACUACAAGACGGACGUGCCGACCGUCGACGUGCUCGUGGAAGCCGCCAAGCUGCAGCGCAAGCUCGACCACGCCCGCGAGCUUGGCAAGGACCCGCACAACACGGAGGCGUGGAAGCUCGAGGCGCAAGCGCUCACGCAGCUCGGGCAGCUGGAGAAGUGGCAAGGCCGCGACGCCGCCGGCGAUGCCUUCAUGACGCAAGCCGCGCGCGUCUGCCGAAUGAACACGUUCAAUAAGCGGCUCUAAGACACCACAUUCUUGUUCGUCUUGGCGCGCACGAGCGACUCGAUGGUCGUC